CACAGCUGUAGCUUAAUCCAAAAAUCAUUCAGUAAACCCUCCAAAACCGAUAAUCUAUAUGUGCUUAAUUAUUUUUUGGCUCCAGGUAUCUAUAAAACUCUAGUUCGUUCUUUGUAUAUAAGACUGUCAUGGCGAUUAAGAGGGAUUAUUUCAUAUUAUGUCUCGUGCUUUCUAUAGCAGGUGUUCAUUAUUUGUUAAAUCGCAUGAAUACAUUAUUAAAAAAGUUUUCCCUGCCGGCACUGCUGGAGCUUUUGGGGUGACUCGCAGUACCGCCAUAUUGGGCAAAGACAUGGCAUUUUCACCAACAGAUAUCUCCAAAGCUGUUUUUCUUGCUCUAAUAUUUGUUGUUAGUGUCCUUGGAAACGGGUUAGUAGUGUACGUACUAACGAAAUAUCGAAAACAGCUUCUUAAAAAUCGCCCAACGUAUCAAUUCAUUCUGAACAUAGUGCUUUCUGAUCUUGUUGUUGGCCUCUUCACGAUUCCUUUUGAAUUUACCCGAGAACUUCUGGACGAGUGGAUCUUCGGAAUAGCGCUGUGCAAGAUAAUCGAGUUCAUUGAAAUUGCUGUAUCGGGUACGGCGGUUUGUACUCACGCGUUGAUUGCUUUUGACCGAUAUCGCAGCCUGGCUCGUCCUUAUUUACCCAAGAUGGAAGGAAGACUUGUCAGGCGAAUGAUAGCUUUAUCGUGGGUUGUUCCACCCAUGGUGUCACUUCCUUAUCUGUACAUGUUUGAGGUGCAAGUGAUCGAUUUCAGGAUGAUUUGUACUCCUGCAGCAAUUCCAAUCAAUUGGUUGGACAAGCUAUACGAGGCAGUAGAGUUCUUAGUUGUGUUUUUUAUUCCAUUCCUGGUGUUAUGUUGGUGUUAUUUUCAUGUGGCUUUGAUAAUGUGGGGAAGAAGCCCUUUGGUGGUAGCGUUAAAUUUCUCUUCUGCUCAGCAAUCCUUUAUUUGCCAGAACAGGAGGCGUGUAACACGCACUUCUGCUUUAGUUGCAGUAACAUUCACCGUAUGCUGGCUCCCGACAUUUGUUCUGAGUUUUGUUCGGAUUGUUUCCGGCACAGAAAGCGUUCACCGAGGACACGUUCUGCAAGAAAUUGCUAUGUUUGGGGCUUUCAUCAACGAGGCGAUUAACCCCAUUAUCUAUUGCGCGUUCGAUAGAAGUUUGAAAGCGAGAAUUGGCCUGCAAAAACUUUGCGGCACAAACCUCUCUGACAGUGCAGGGUCUACCAAUGUCGCUGAUCCGACGCAAAACACUGUGACACUAAACGUCGCUGCUGAUCAAAGCCGAAAGAGGAUGGAAUUCAGAAAACUUGAUGUCAACUUAGAAGUGAGAAGGGGAGGCCAUUUGCAGCAGCGUAUGACUGCAACUAUUUAAUUGCAGUUAUUAUAAGCACCGAAUUAAUCACGAUCAAUGAUAUUUGGAAGCCACAGAGGUUCUUGAAUGAAGUUUAUGCGGUUAAGCAGAGCGUGAAUUUCAGUCACUCUCAUCUUAGAGCAAGCCUAUUGGACUUAAAUCCAUAUUAUGUAAAAGUGUGUACUUUUACUACUAAAAAUAGCAAGCUAAUAGUUUUUGUUACAACGAUCCGAGUUGGGCUUUGUCUACCGUUCGCUGUUUUUAAUUGUAGCUAAGUUUUGUCAGUUGUUUUCCGAUUGUCUUGAGGAAAUAGUGGUUAAUGACGCAACCAGAUACUUUAGCAGAGGUAAAACAAUAAGACGGUUGUAUAGAAUUGAAUGCUCUCGGCAGCUGGAAGAAACCCUCCGCCGAGUAUGUGUAAUUACAAGUUUCCUUGACUGGCUAAAACGUUUAAAACUGAAAAUCGACACCGCUGUAGUUGAUAGGUAGGCAAACACAUAAAAUAUUACAAGAGUCUGUAAAAAUAAUUUUGAACAGUAGCAAAUGAGAAUAAUUGAAAGGAAACUUUAUUGCGCCAUUUAUGGAUGAAAUGUUAAUCAAGAAAUGGUAAUACUCAACCCAUUCUCGACUUAAUUCGUAGGACUUCGCUAUUCACGUUUGGGUUCUCCGGCUGUGAGGGCUUCUUAAUUGUCUGCACUUGAAUACUCACUUAAUUAUGUUGAGGUAUCUCUUGAUUAGUUUUUUCCCCUUUGGUACGGUGAAAAAGCGCAUUAUUCAUAAAGGCGAAUAAGCAACAAAAAAACUGAAGGUUAUGUAAAUUUAGGAAAUGUUUUCUGUUUGCCUUUGCAUGACAUAGCGGAAAUUAACUAUUUGCAUAAUUGUUUUCAGUAAGCUGUGCGCAAUAAAUUGGAAAUGUUUGAAUACCUCUAUCAUGUUCGUGUAAAAACACAGCUUAAAUUCGUACAAAUUAAAUAGAAUCAUUUUACAUGUUUCUAUUUAAUAUCACCAGCACUUCUGCUAUUUAAUGGAUCCUUCUCUUGGAAAGCAAAUUGCCAUUUUGCAACAUUUCAGGAAGUUCAAUAUGUCCUUCUUGUUGAGGUGGUUACUGUUGAAUAAUUAAUUUGGUAAGGUCUUGAUGUAAAGUCAUAGUUCACGUCAAAACGUGUUUUGAAAACUGCGUAAGACAGCCAAAUAGAGGCUGUUUGUUGGCGAAGAAUACUGUUGGCGUUUUAAUUAACAUUAAAAACGAAAGCAAUAAAAAAGCGGAACCUUUUAAGGUAAAACGAAACAAGAUAGGUUUACCUUUGCGUUUAGGUUUUUUCACCUGCUUUGAAUAGUUAACAGUGGGAGUUUGGUGUUAGUCUGAAUAGUCCGUUUUUACAUAUUUUAUAAUCAAAAUUUUAAAUUUCUAACACUUAAUUAUUUGUAUUUGUAAUAGAAUCGAAACUCCUUUUCAGAGUGUGUGUGU